GAGCUUUCCGAUGCCUAUGCCAAGUGUGCCACCAUUCAGGCAGAGGUGAAGCGGCGGGAGGAUCUCUUGAGGGGAAUUCCCCUGGUGCUGGCAGACUUCCUAGAGCAGAUUCAUCUUCCAGAUCCUGAUCUGACACACGCUGGCGCUCGGCCGGAGGACGCACCGAGGCUCGUAAUAGCUGCUUUGCAAAAGCUCCAGACUGCGGUGUCCAAGCGUGAGGAGGAGCUGAAAACAGCUAACGAGAAGAUCGCCGAGUUGUGCAAGUACGGCGCCAAACGCGAUGAGGAUGUGCAGCGUGAAGCCUAUGAUGCCCUGCGAGUGGAGCUGCUGGAUGUCUCCAAACGUUGUGCUGACGCAGAAGCCAAGCUGCGCGAGCUCGGUGUGGAGGAGACCAAAGGAGCUGGUACAAGCCUCAUCACCAAGAUGUCCAUGCUAAUCUACCAGCUCCAGGUAUCUGUGAUCUCCGGAACGGGGCUGCGAACAAAAGGCUGGCGGCCUGGACCAGAAAGCGAAGCGCUGUCUUGUAUCGUGGAAGUGGUGGGCAAGGAAGCCAAAUUCGGGACCAAGCCUGUCCGGGACUCCAAGAAUCCAGCGUGGAAUCACACUGGAGAGCUGCAGAUGUCGCACAGCGCCUUGCCUUGCUGUGAGUGCCUGUAG